GUGUCAAGCGGCUGGCCGAGAGGCUGACGAUGAUUGGCUGAGCAAGUUUGAGCGGGCUGAGGCGAUGCUUUCGAAGUCUCCCAAACCAUUUCCUGCCGUCUUUGUCCUCCCCUUUGCCUUCUCCUAGCCGUUGAUCAAGGCAGGUUCAGGGAAGCAGUUGGUGGCGUGGCGCGCGACGAAUAACGGGCGUGUGUGGACUCAGCAACAGCCACUCUUCUCUUCGCGGACCCUUUCCCCCAGUCCACGUAGAACUCGGUUAAUACGCUCUUCCUGUAGCUCAGAUUUUCACCACGCUCCAAAUUUCUCUACUUUCUCGCCUUCCCAACCUUCAUGUCCGCUAUGGAUCUCGAAGACUCCUUUUCCCCACUCAAGCCAGUGGAUGGAAAUCCUAAAGUGGGUAAGAUCAAGAAAGAUGAUGUUAAAAAAAGGCUAUCUGUUGAAAGAAUUUACCAGAAGAAAACCCAGCUGGAGCAUAUAUUGCUCAGGCCUGAUACGUACAUUGGUUCUGUGGAACAAGUGACCCAGCAAAUGUGGGUGUUUGAUGAAGAUGUGGGACUGAAUUGCCGGGAUGUCACUUUUGUACCUGGCCUUUAUAAAAUCUUUGAUGAAAUCCUAGUCAAUGCUGCUGAUAACAAGCAGAGAGAUAAGAACAUGACAUGUAUCAAAGUUACAAUUGACCCGGAGAAUAACACAAUCUCUGUGUGGAAUAAUGGAAAGGGGAUUCCUGUUGUAGAGCACAAAGUAGAGAAAGUCUAUGUGCCAGCUCUUAUUUUCGGGCAGCUUUUAACCUCCAGCAACUAUGAUGAUGAUGAGAAGAAAGUCACAGGUGGUCGAAAUGGUUAUGGGGCAAAGCUGUGCAACAUCUUCAGUACCAAAUUUACAGUGGAAACUGCAUGCAGAGAAUAUAAGAAGCUCUUUAAGCAGACUUGGACUGGUAAUAUGAAUAAGGCAGGAGAGAUGAAAUUGAAGUUUUUUGAUGGAGAAGACUUUACAUGUAUCACUUUCCAGCCUGAUCUGUCAAAAUUUAAAAUGACCACACUGGAUAAAGACAUUGUGGCUCUAAUGUCUCGGAGAGCCUAUGAUAUUGCUGGAUCAGUUAAAGACAUCAAAGUUUUCUUGAAUGGAAUGAAACUACCCGUCAACGGUUUCCUCAGCUAUAUAGAUCUGUAUUUAAAGGACAAGGUGGAUGAAACUGGCAAUCUGUUGAAAAUUAUCCAUGAAGAAGUGAGUGGUCGGUGGGAGAUCUGUCUAACAAUGAGUGAAAAGGGCUUCCAGCAAGUUAGCUUCGUCAAUAGCAUUGCUACAACAAAGGGUGGCAGACAUGUAGACUAUGUUGCUGACCAGAUUGUCAACAAGCUCAUUGAUGUGGUAAAGAAAAGGAACAAAGGUGGAGUUGCAGUGAAGCCUUUCCAGGUGAAGAAUCACAUGUGGAUCUUUGUAAACUGCUUGAUUGAAAAUCCAACUUUUGACUCUCAAACAAAGGAGAACAUGACACUUCAAGCAAAGAGCUUUGGCUCAACAUGCAAGCUGAGUGAAAAGUUUAUCAAGGGGGCUGUCGGUUGUGGCAUAGUGGAAAGCAUUUUGAACUGGGUCAAGUUUAAAGCCCAGACUCAACUAAACAAGAAAUGUUCUGCUGUAAAACACAAUAGAAUUAAGGGAAUACCUAAACUGGAUGACGCCAAUGAUGCAGGGAGCAAGAAUUCUAUCAACUGUACCCUUAUUUUGACGGAAGGUGAUUCAGCCAAAACACUAGCUGUUUCUGGCCUUGGAGUUGUAGGAAGGGACAAAUACGGAGUGUUUCCCCUACGUGGAAAGCUACUUAAUGUUCGGGAAGCCUCCCACAAACAGAUAAUGGAGAAUGCUGAAAUUAACAACAUUAUCAAGAUUGUGGGCCUGCAAUAUAAGAAGAACUAUGAUGAUGAAGAAUCGCUCAAGAGUCUGCGUUAUGGGAAAGUAAUGAUAAUGACAGAUCAGGAUCAAGAUGGUUCUCACAUCAAAGGCUUGUUGAUUAACUUCAUACACCAUAACUGGCCAUCUCUUCUGAGGCAUUGUUUCCUGGAAGAGUUCAUUACCCCCAUCAUAAAGGUUUCCAAAAACAAAGAAGAAAUUUCUUUCUAUAGCAUUCCUGAAUAUGAAGAAUGGAAGAAUAGCAAUGCUCAGCACAAAAACUGGAAAAUCAAGUACUAUAAAGGUCUGGGUACCAGCACAUCAAAGGAGGCGAAAGAGUACUUUGCGGAGAUGACAAGGCACCGAAUACCUUUCAAGUAUUCUGGCCCUGAAGAUGAUGCUGCGAUCACUCUGGCCUUUAGCAAAAAAAAGGUUGAUGACCGAAAGGAGUGGCUGACAAACUUCAUGGAAGAUCGAAGGCAAAGGAAGCUACAUGGUCUGCCAGAAGAUUACUUAUACGGCAAAAGUACAAAUUAUCUCACCUACAAUGAUUUUAUCAACAAAGAACUUGUUCUCUUCUCAAACUCUGACAAUGAGCGAUCCAUCCCAUCACUGGUUGAUGGACUGAAACCAGGUCAGAGGAAAGUUUUGUUCACAUGCUUCAAACGAAAUGACAAGCGAGAGGUGAAAGUUGCGCAGUUGGCUGGAUCAGUGGCUGAGAUGUCCUCUUACCACCAUGGAGAGACUUCACUGAUGAUGACCAUUAUCAAUUUGGCUCAAAAUUUUGUGGGAAGCAACAACCUUAACCUGCUUCAGCCCAUUGGUCAGUUUGGCACCAGGCUGCAUGGUGGGAAAGACUCUGCCAGCCCCCGAUACAUCUUCACAAUGCUCAGCUCUUUGGCACGUUUGGCUUUCCCAGCCGUGGAUGACAGUGUGCUGAAAUUUCUGUAUGAUGAUAACCAACGUGUUGAACCUGAAUGGUACAUCCCAAUCGUUCCCACGGUGCUAAUCAAUGGUGCUGAGGGCAUUGGGACUGGCUGGUCUUGCAAGAUUCCCAACUAUGAUAUCCGAGAAGUAGUAAAUAACAUUCGGCGCAUGCUUGAUGGAGAUGAGCCAUUGCCAAUGUUUCCUAGUUACAAAAAUUUCAAGGGGACAAUAGAUGCGCUGGGGCAAAACCAGUACCUUGUGAAUGGGGAGGUGUCUGUUCUUGAUUCAACCACCAUUGAAAUUUCUGAGCUUCCUGUUCGGACAUGGACACAGGUAUAUAAAGAACAGGUUCUGGAGCCUAUGCUGAAUGGCACUGAGAAGACUCCCCCACUAAUAACAGACUACAAAGAGUACCACACAGACACCACUGUCAAAUUCAUUGUAAAGAUGAGUGAGCAAAAGCUGGUGGAAGCAGAGGCUGUUGGUCUACACAAGGUCUUCAAACUACAAAGUCCUCUUUCCUGCAACAACAUGGUACUCUUUGACCAUGUUGGCUGCCUAAAGAAAUAUGAGACUGCAGAGGAUAUUCUGCGAGAAUUCUAUGAGCUCAGGCUGCGCUAUUAUGGCUUAAGAAAAGACUGGCUUGCUGGGAUGCUGGGGGCAGAAUCCGCAAAACUAAACAACCAGGCCCGCUUCAUCCUAGAAAAGAUAGAGGGCAAAAUCGUGAUUGAGAACAAACCGAAGAAAGAAUUAAUACAGGUCCUUAUCCAGAGGGGUUAUGAUUCUGACCCUGUAAAGAAAUGGAAAGAGUCUCAACAGAAGGGCAAUGAUGAGACUCCUGAAGAGGAGGGAGACAGUGAUAGAGAAAAUGAGCCUGCUGCAGCCAGUGGACCAGAUUUUAACUACCUUCUAAACAUGCCUCUGUGGUACCUGACAAAGGAAAAAAAGGAUGAGCUGUGCAAGCAACGGGAUGACAAAGAAACUGAACUGGAAAACCUGAAGCAGAAGAAUCCUAAUAACUUAUGGAGAGAAGAUCUUGCUGCCUUUGUUGAAGCUCUUGAAGACCUAGAAAACAAGGAAAAACAGGAUGAAAUGUCAGGGACUGCAGGCAAGCCCAUCAAAGGGAAAGGAGGAAAGUUGAAAGUAAAGAAACUGCAGUUGCAGGAAAUCAUGCCUUCUCCACAUGGCAGAAGGGUCGUCCCCCGAGUGACUGAGGAGAUGAAGGCAGGUGUAGAGAAGAAACUAAAAAGGAAAAUAAAGAGUGAAAAAACUGAGCCUGGUGGGGAUCAAGGAGAUUCACUAGAAUGUGAUAAAGAACCAAAGACUCUUAAACAAAGAUUGGCAAAAAAAAUUAAAACAGAGCCAGAUGCUAAGAAACAAUCCAUGCUGCCUUUCAAGCCAGUAAAAACAAUGAAGAAAGACCCUUGGUCUGACUCAGAAUCAGAUGGUGAAAGUGACAGGGAGGUUGUGCCUUGUAAAAACCUGCCAUGCCGCCAGUCGAAAGCGAAAGUCAAGUAUGUGCUGGAUUCAGAUUCAGAUGCAGACCGCAGUGAUAUGGGUGGCAAGCCCCAGGCUCUGGAAGAAUUGGAUGAGAAUGCCGUAUUUGAUGAAAAUACAAAGGUUUCAGCUGUGAAACUGAAGACUAUUUCUAUGAAAUCUAAGGGACGUAAAGGUAAAGAAGAAUUCAAACCGCAAGAGGUACAGAGCACUAUCUCAAUUCACAUCGAGGACUGUGAUGAAGGCAAACCAGUUGCAACAGCCUCUUCCUUGCCUACUAUUCUUCAUGUGCCAGCUAAACCUGCUCCCAGAAAGAGGGCUCCAGCCAAGAAAACAGCAAAGGUAGCUGUAGACAAUCAGCCUUCUAUUGUGGAUGCUUUCUCUAAAAAGAAAUCAACUGCAAAACCCAGCAAGUCCACAGCAGCUAAGUGUUCAGAGUCCAGUCCUGAUGGAGCAGCCUCCAAAAUGCCUGUGGCUGCCAAGAGGAAGAAACCUGCCAAGAGGAAGAUGUCUCCCUCCUCCAGCUCUCAGGACUCUGAUUCUGACUUUGGUGAAGCCCUUAAAAAAUCAACAGAACUUAAGAAAUCGAAAAAGGUGAAUGAGUCGUUCUCUAUUGAAAUCAACUCAGAUGAAGACUUGCCUGCUCCAUCUGCACCAUGUGAAAGGGUGGGACGGGCCAGGAAGCCUGUUCAGUACCUUGAGGAAUCAGACGAUGAGUUAUUCUGACCUUAAAGCAAAGUUCAUUUGUAUCUUGUUCCAUCUUAUAAGAAAAUAGGAGUGUGUGCAUUUUUUAUGGGCACAGAGUUUUUAGCAGUCUUAUGUCUGUCUCUGUAAAUAUUUCCUAUAUUUUUGACAGUUUACUAUCAUUUUUAUGUUUCCUAAUAAAUGCCUUUUCUCAUUGAA